AUGGGCGGAGCUCGUGUGGCGGAUGAGGGAAGUGCGAGAGAGACACGCGAUGACAGUCCAGCCAGCCAGCUCGUAACCCCACCAGCGGCACAGGUGGUAACCCCAUCAGCCCCAGCAGCAGCGGCAACAGCAACAGCGCCAGUCAUAACAGUGCCAGCACCGUUUGUGACGGUGCCAGCGCGGGAGCUGGUGCCGGGGGACGUGGUGGAGGUGCGCGCAGGGGACCGCGUGGCAGCAGACAUGCGCAUUGUUGCGGUGGUGAGCGGUUGUGUGCGGCUCAAUGAGUCCACGCUCACGGGGGAGAGCGAGCCCCAGGUGAAGCAGACAGAACAGGUGGCGCAGAGGCGAGGAGGGGUGGAGGAAAGUCGGUGGGACGACAGCAGCAGCAGCAGCAGCAGCAGCAGCAGCAGCAGCAGCGACGAUCUGGCAGUCCAGUCAAAGGCCAACGCGGCGUUUGCUGUUAGUGGGAGCAGCGUGGAGGAGGGAGCAGCACAGCAGGCAGAUUGGGACAGCAGCAGCAGCAGCGACGACAGGGACGGCAGCAUCAGCAGCAGUGACGGCCUGGAGAUCCAGGCAAAAGCCAACAUGGCGUUUGCAGGAACGACUGCAGCAACCGGGUCAUUCAUGGGGGUGGUGGUGGCGACGGGCAUGGCGACAGAGGUGGGGCGCAUCCAGGCGCAGAUCACAGCGGCCGCAGCGGAGGAGGCGCCGUACGACACGCCGCUGUCGCGCCGCCUGGACGAGUUCUCGACCGCGCUGACCCAGGCCGUGGGCGCCAUGUGUGUGGUGCUGUGGGCGGUGAAUUUCGACCGGUUUGUGGCGUGGGACGCCGUGGGGCGGACUCUCGUGUUCAACGCUCAGCAGGCCACGUUCUACUUCAAGGUCAGCCGUGGGCCUGCCAGCGGUCAUGACCACGUGCCUGUCUGGCAUGACCACGUGCCUGUCUGGCAUGACCACGUGCCUGUCUGGCAUGACCACGUGCCUGUCUGGCAUGACCACGUGCCUGUCUGGCAUGACCACGUGCCUGUCUGGCAUGACCACGUGCCUGUCUGGCAUGACCACGUGCCUGUCUGGCAUGACCACGUGCCUGUCUGGCAUGACCACGUGCCUGUCUGGCAUGACCACGUGCCUGUCUGGCAUGACCACGUGCCUGUCUGGCAUGACCACGUGCCUGUCUGGCAUGACCACGUGCCUGUCUGGCAUGACCGCGUGCCUGUCUGGCAUGACCUCGUGCCUGUCUGGCAUGACCGCGUGCCUGUCUGGCAUGACCUCGUGCCUGUCUGGCAUGACCGCGUGCCUGUCUGGCAUGACCACGUGCCUGUCUGGCAUGACCACGUGCCUGUCUGGCAUGACCACGUGCCUGUCUGGCAUGACCACGUGCCUGUCUGGCAUGACCGCGUGCCUGUCUGGCAUGACCUCGUGCCUGUCUGGCAUGACCGCGUGCCUGUCUGGCAUGACCUCGUGCCUGUCUGGCAUGACCGCGUGCCUGUCUGGCAUGACCACGUGCCUGUCUGGCAUGACCACGUGCCUGUCUGGCAUGACCACGUGCCUGUCUGGCAUGACCACGUGCCUGAAGCAGUGGCGUUAGCAGUAGCAGCGAUCCCCGAGGGGCUGCCAGCAGUGAUCACCACAUGCCUGGCGCUGGGCACACGGCGCAUGGCAGACGCGCACGCUAUAGUCCGACGCUUGCCAUCCGUUGAGACGCUCGGGUGCACCACCGUGAUCUGCUCCGAUAAGACCGGCACGCUCACGACUAAUCAGAUGGCCGUUGCCAGCCUGGCGGUGCCACGUGGCGCUGACGGGGACGUGCGGUGGUAUGAUGUGUCGGGGACCACGUAUGACCCGGGGGAUGGGGAGGUGGUGGGGUGGAGAGGGGGAGGGCGAAGGGCAGGAGAGGGAGGAGGGGAAGGAGGAGGAGGAGGGGGAGGGGGAGGAGGUGAAUCUAUUUUGAUAGAGGGGGGUGUAAGUGAGGGGGGUGUAAGUGAGGGGGUUGCGAGUGAGAGGGGUGGCAGUGCGGAGGCGGGAGUGUGGAGUGUGGCGGCCAUCAGUGCACUGUGCAACGACAGCAGCAUCGCGGCCACCAAGGGGCGGUACGGCUGCUCUGGCAUGCCCACUGAGGCCGCUCUCAAGGUGAGGGGGCACUCAAGGUGGGUGCGCGAGGAGGUGAGGGACGGUGUGGUGGAGUCAGUCACAGUGAGUGUCAGUGAGGUGCUGGCGGAGAAGCUGGGCGUGCCGAGCGAUGAGCAGCAGGCGCGGAUAGAGGCGCCGCGCAGGGUGGGCGGGCCGCGGGGCGGCGACUGGGGAGGAGGAGAGCUCCCUCAGCAUGGCGAGCGCGUACUGGGAGCAGCGGUGGGCGCGCGUGUGCACUCUGGAGUGCUGGCGGAGAAGCUGGGCGUGCCGAGCGCAGAGCAGCAGGCACGGAUAGAGGCAUCUCGCAGGGCCGGUGGGGUGACAACUGGGGAGGAGGGCUCUCUAAGCCUCGCAAGCGCGUACUGGGAGCAGCGGUGGGCGCGCGUGUGCACUCUGGAGUUCGACCGCCUUCGCAAGUCCAUGAGCGUGAUUGUCACGCCCCUGGGGGGGCACGGCUUGCCCUUGCAGCAGCAGCGCGAGGCAGUUGGGGCGGGUGCGGCAGUAGGAGAGCCAGGAGGAGUGGGGAUGGGUGCGGUAGUGCGGGAGGGCGUGGCUGUAAUGGAGGAAAACAUGUUGGAGGGAAGAGGAGGGGGGAAGGGAGAGGAGGGGUUGUGCGGAGCAGGAAACAUGUUGCUGGUGAAGGGAGCAGCAGAGUGCGUGCUCAACCGCUGCUCCUCGCUGCAACUCCCCUCGGGCACCAUCGUCCCCCUCUCCCCCUCCGCGCGCACCCGCCUGACCCACAGCAUUGCAGCCAUGGCCUCUCAGGGCCUGCGCGUGCUGGCCUUCGCCUUCCGACACAACCUCCCCCCUGCCCUUGCAGGCUUGGAGGCGCCUCAAAAGUCGCUCGCCUUUCGCGACAACCUCCCCCCUGCUCUUGCAGGCUUGGGCUUGAAGACCGGGCGGGAUGGGGGCGAGGGAAGCAGGGCAGUGGGUGACGGGACCAGGGAAGAAGCGCAGGGGAGGGGAGGGGAGUUGGGGGAUGAGGUGCAGGGGAGUGGGGAGGGGUGGAGUGAGGAGGUGCGGCGGUGGGUGGAGGAUGGGAGUCGGUACGAGGAGCUAGAGAGCGAGCUCACGUUCGUGGGGCUGGUGGGGAUUCGAGACCCGCCCAGGCCUGAGGUGCCGGGGGCCAUAGCGGCGUGCACGAGUGCGGGCAUGCGCGUGAUUGUGAUCACUGGUGACUCGGGGGCCACUGCUGAUGCUGUUGCACGGCAGAUUGGUCUGUUUGGGGGUGGUGGUGGUGGUGGUGGGGAGAGACACGGUGACAUGCAUAGCGUAACGGAUCCGGCCCGGCAUUCGUACGCGGCAGCGGAGUUUGUUCGGCUGCCGGAAGAGGAGCAGCUGAGGAUCCUGGGAGGGCGGCCAGAGAGGACACAAGGUGCACGUGCAGGGGGGGAGAGAGGCGCGGAUAGAAGUAGUGGAGGGGCGAGGGGUGGUAAUCUGGUGUUCUGGCGGGCGGAGCCGGCACACAAGCAGGCGAUCGUGAGGGCGCUGCGGGCGCAGGGCGAGGUGGUGGCCAUGACGGGCGAUGGCGUGAACGAUGCUCCCGCGCUCAAGCUGGCUGACAUUGGCAUCGCCAUGGGGGCUACAGGGACAGAGGUGGCCAAGGAGGCAGCGGACAUGGUCCUAGCAGACGACAACUUCGCCACCAUAGUGGAGGCAGUGCGGGAGGGGCGCGCCAUAUUCGACAACAUGCGCGCGUUCAUCCGCUACCUCAUCUCCUCCAACAUCGGCGAGGUCGUCGCCAUCUUCGCCGCGUCCCUGCUCGGCCUGCCCUCCUCCUCCUUCCUCCUCCCCGUGCAACUCCUCUGGGUCAACCUCGUGGGGGACGGAGCUCCGGCGGUGGCGUUGGGGUUUACGCCGCCGGAGGCUGAUGUGAUGGCACGGCCGCCCAGGGAGAGGGACCAGGGGCUCGUGUCGCCGUGGGUGCUGGUGCGGUUUGGGGUGCUGGGGGCGUAUAUCGGUGCUGCGACCGUUGGGGUGUUUUCUGUGUGGUUUUUGAAUGGGGAGGUGGUGGGAGGGGGUGGUGGAGGGGUGGAGAUGGGGUUGGGGACGGUGGAGGAGAGUGUGGUGGGGACGGGGAUGGGGGGCGGAAAUGGAGGGUGGUUUGCACCGUUUGGGUUGGACAAGGAUGGGCAUUCGGCUGUGACGUGGGAGCAGCUGUCCCACUCCCGAACCUGCUCUGUCUGGUCCGUGCCUGCUGCUACUCUCACCGCCCCUCCUCUUGUAGACCCACCAGCAACCGCAGCAGCAGCAGUACGAGCAGGAGUAGGCUCACCCGCACCUGCCCCAGCACCAGAAUCUCCCUUCAACCCGCAUCUCUCCUACACAGUAGCAGGCGGCGGCGUCGUCUCCUUCCCAACCCCAUGCGACUACUUCACUCACGGCACCACCAAGCCAUCUACCCUCGCGCUCACCACGCUUGUCACUAUCGAGAUGCUGCUCGCCCUCAGCUCCGUCUCCGAGUACCGCAGUUUGCUGCAAUCUCCACCGUGGAUCAACAAGUGGCUCAUCCUGGCCGUUGGUGCGUCCAUGGGGCUCCACGUGGCGCUGCUGUACUCGCCGCUGGCGGGCGUGUUUGAGGUGGUGCCGCUGACGUGGCAGGAGUGGGCGCUGGUGGUGGUGUUCUCGCUGCCCGUGCUGCUCGUGGACGAGGGCCUCAAGCUGGUGGGCAGACAAAUCUUUGCACGGCAGAGGGGAGGGGUCAGAUAG